AUGGCUAUGACGCAGAUGGGCACCGCCACGGUUGCAACGCUCGAGCCACACCAACUUGCGCGAUACCUUGCACCUCCCACUCUCGAUCAACAAAUCGGCUAUGUCGUCGAACACUGCAACUACAUUCUCCCUCAGCUGGCUUCUGACUCGCUCACCGCAUCGCUUGCCCCGCAUCCCGACGACUCGCAAACCCCGGCCAUCUUUGCCACGCUGCCCUCUUCCGCUUCACUCGAGGUUUAUCUCACUCAGCUCUCGUCGGCCCAUCAACAAGCUGCCGAACGCACUGCCAAUCUCGAACUUGAGCUGCGAAAUCAACUGCUUUCCAGCCUUUCCGGCGUUAAACUUCUCAAGGAGAAGCUUGCCUCUCUUCCGGAUGAUAUCGCAUCCACGGAAGACAAGCUGCUCGAUCUUUGCGAAGAUCUUGUCAUCGCUGGCUCUACCGCCUCUGCUUCUCCCGAGUCGAGCCGAGACGGCGCAGCCACCUUGAUAAACAGGCUCGAAAAGCUGCACACCGCCAUCGACCAACUUCAAAAGGCCAAAGCUUACUUUAGCAUCUUGGCGCAGGCAGAAGAUCUUCGGCUUGCUAUCGUCCAGUGCGAUCACGAUCGAGCUCAGCGAGACCAUGCUCUGCACCUCCUUUCUGAGCUCGAUGCUCUGGUUCGCAAGGCCGAGAAGCUUUCCAAAGUUGGCUCAGAGCAGCUUCAGGCACAAGAGAAGGAGCUCAACCUUGUCGCAUUCCUGCGUGCACAACGCUCGGCUGCCUAUAAGGCGCUUCGCAAAGCCAGAUGCGCUAGACUCUCCGAAGCCAUAGAGAAAACCGGCUGGUCUCAAGACAAAGCCGAUCUUUCCUCCCAAUUGGAUGCUGGCGACUCGAUGAAGCUCGUCAAAAGUGAGCAAGUCCAGCAGUCCUGGUCCGACGUCUGCCAACUGCAGGACACUGCUGAACACCUCGGCUUGCUCAAGCGCGCAACCGCAAAGCCCUCCUCUCGUUCGCAGUCAACAAAUGGCGAGACCAUCACUGCUGGUAGUGACAAGUAUCAGCCCUUGCUCACAACUCAGUGCCUUAUCGAACCUAUGCUCCUCCGCUUCCGUUACCACUUUGAUGGCGACCGAUCUACAAACCGUCUUGACAAGCCCGAGUGGUUUCUCUCCCACAUUGCAUCGCUUAUCCGCACCCAGGCUCCGCUCUUCCUGCCAGCAGUUCAUGCCGUGCCCGGCUCGGGCGGUGUGGCUGUUCGACUCAACCGUGCUUAUGCCAACGCCGCCCCUGCUGCUUCUGCUUCGCGCAGAUCGUAUCGCCACAUCGACACCUACGCCGAGCUCAUCCAUGGCCUGCUUACUCCGCUCCGUCGCAAACUUGCCUCCACCAUGCCUGCGCUUCUCGACCACCCGUCUCUGCUCGCACACACCGUCUUCCAAGCUCUCACCUUUGACGCCGACCUCGCCGAUUCAUUCCCGCCUUCCCUCACAGUUUUGAACGGCGCAGGGACCAGAAAGAUCUCGGACGACAUCCUUGACAACACCGAUUGGUUCAAUCGCUGGCUCGACGGUGAGAAGGAGUUCGCUCUUCGGCGGUUCGAAGAGAUUGUCAACGCUCCCGACGCUUGGGCCAUAGGAAGCUCGGAUAGUUUGGCGGAUGAUGAUGAGCAAAUCUUUUACUCUUCCGUCUCUGAUCCUAACGUCUCAGUGGAGGACAUGGCUGGGCAGCGAACGACGAAAUCGGCGAGGUCGACCAUCGAAAUCCUCGAUUCGGUCUCGGAACGUUACCGUCCGCUGCCAUCGCUCUCGCAACGUCUGUCAUUUUUGACCAUCGUACAGCUUCCCAUCUUGCGAUUGUACGCUCAACGAUUGACUAGAAGUUUGGACGCGUUUGAAUCGCUUUCUUCUGCCUUUGCUCGCGCUAUGCCCGGCGAGAUCGUCGCUGGCACUGGUGCUGUUGGCGGCGGGUCGGACUCGGACAUGGUCAAGGGACUGCGUGGACUUGGGCGACUCGUCAAAGCGCUGCUCUCGGCUCAAUACGUUUGUACUGAGCUCGAGCGGUGGUCUGAGACGGCGGCAUUUGUUGAAAUGUCGGAGAGUCUCGAUUCGUCCGAAGAAGGUCGUGCGCUCGCUCUGGGAUUGCGCAAAGAUCAAGUUGCUGAGGAAGAUAGAGAGCUGGACGCUGCGAGUCUCGGCAUGUUGCUCAGGCGAGGACUGAAGAGAGGUGCUGCUGUUGCGCGUCCUCUCGCUGCGACCGGCAGUGAUGGUGGUACAAGUGGAUCGCCCGUCACCGGUAGUGGAGAAGCAGGAUUCGGCACACCCAAAGUGAGCGAUGUUGGCUCGAAACAGGUGCUUAACGAGUUUGGACGCUAUGGAGUGUGGGAAGAACCACGUCGAAAGUUUACCGAGAUCGGCUCGCGCGCUAUUGCCGCCAUCGAACGACUGGUCACCAGCGAAGUGCUCGAACAGCUUCGACCGUACAUUCUGCGACGCUGGGAUCAAGAAGAACCAGACUCAGCCGAGGACGGCGACCACAAAGACCCCUAUCCCACACCGACCCUGAUUCCAGCUCUGUCCAUCUUUUCUUCUCACUUGGCACAUCUCGCUUCCAUCUUAGACAAGGCAUUGCUGCUGCCCAUCUAUCGUCACAUUUCGUCGUCCAUUGCACACGCGCUGGUGGACCGCGUCGUCAUGUCCGGUGGAUCCAGACGCUUCAACUAUGCCGGGGGUGUACGAUUCGAUCAAGAUCUCAAAAAAGGUUGGUUCGUAGUUGUACGCGAGCUGGUCGAUGCAAAUGCGGUAAAUGCGAGAUUGCUGUUUGGCAGGAGACCCCAAGCCAUUUGGAAGCCUGCCGUGGACGCAGCGGUGCUGCUGAGUCUACCGAGCUCGACAAGUGGGACCAUUACCGGCGAGACUUGGACCCUGGCGAAAGUGGUUCAGAUCGUAUUCGACGCUACAGAUGAAGGAGCGGCCAAAGGGAGAGAGUAUCAAGGGCUGCUGGAAAAGCUCGGGCAUGUCGAUGAUGCAAAGAUCAACGUGAGGGAGGUGCUGAGGAGAAGGGUUGAAGUAUGGAAGUGA